GCACCGGGUUUAAACCCGGUGCUUUGGUAAAAACCCAAUAAACACCCAUAAACUCCCAUAAUCACCCAAAAAAAUAGGUUUUUACGUAUUUUUUUGAAAAUAUGUAAGUAAUACCAAUAAAUUAUUUUUAUAAAUUGUAUUGAUCAAUUCUACAAUAUUAAAUAAAACGUUAACUAAUAAUAUUUCAGGAAAUUUUAAAAAUCUAUAUAUAAUAAAAUGAAAGUAAUUAAUUUUCAGUGUUUUCAUGUUGCAGUUGAUCAACAUGUUGGCCUUUUGCUUCCCGUAGAUACUUUAAAAUUUCUUCAUAACACCUCGUUCGCACACAUGGCCGUAUAUAUUUAAAUUCUUGAGCCACUAACAGUCCGAAAUACUCAUUUCUUUUAUCCUCUUCUCCAUAAAUUAAGCAUUUAGAACAGUUUGUUUCUUCUUUCAGUAAAUUUUCUUUUACUUUAUCCUCGUUUUUUUCUUUGUUGCGACGACGCUGGGUAAAUCAUCUGGACACUGGGUCUCACUAUCGCCAAAUAUAUUUGGAGAUCGGCUUCGGCUACGGCUUGGCAGACAUUUUUUUCUUUCUACAAUUUUAAAUUAAAUUUAUUAGAAUAAAUGCUUCGAACACACGCGAUCUAAGUACCUUUUUUGUUUAUUAUACCUUACCUACCUAGGUAUAAAAAGAGUACUUACGUAGAUUUUCUUUUAUUAACUGUUUUAUACGAAGAUCUUGAUCUCUCAAAUUAGCAUCCAUUUUACUUCCAGUGAUUAUCAACUAAAUUAAUAAUCCACAAAGUAUUAAAUAACGUUUUUAUGAAAUAUUUAGCACAAAAACAAUACCCUUUAAAUAUCGAUCGUCAGUAACUGUGGCUGACUUACCUAUAUUCUAGCAAGCAGGACUGCCAGAUGUGAAGGGGAAAUCCCCAAUAAAUUGUUGCAUGUGACUGAUGAUGUGAGCAUGUUCGUUUCAUAAUAAAAAUGUUGCCAGGUAACCAAAAAGUCGUAUGUUUUUGUGCGAAUUACGAUCAUAAUCUUUACGAUCGUACAUUAAAAAAUAGACAAAUAAUAGUAUGAGUACGAUUUAAAUCGUAUAUCUGUCAACCCUGCUAGCAAGACAGCGACAAAAUCACGUUGCAUAACAAUGUAGCCCAAGCUUAUAUCUUAUGAAAUAUACGGAAGAGAUACGGACUUAGAAAAAACAGAAAUGUUGUUCUUUGUGGAAGUCAUUGAUGAAAUUCUAUGUAUUUUAGCCCGCAAACUUUCUUCAAACAAAAACAGCGCCAUCUAGUAUCGAGUUCUGUAAUUAUCUCUUUGUUUAUGGAUUUGAAGUAAGACCGCCACGCAUGCAAUACAUUAUGACUGGGGAUUCCCCUAUUCGUCGACGCUGAAUAUGAGGCGACGACAAUCACUGUCAAACGUGUUCACUAUUACUCUGACUCUGGUAACGUGACUUCCUGGUAACGUGUUAGGUAGGAAAAGCAGUAAAAAAGUGCAUAUUAAGGGAGCAGAUUUGAAAUAAUAUUUAUACUUAACAAGAAAUAAUUAAAGGUUCAAUGGGGAGACCUAAAGAUUUACGCAUAUGGGAGCACUACCGUACUUUACCAAACAAGUCUGUUUCUUGCAAGCUUUGUAAUAAGGUCUACAAAUUCAGUAAUGCUGCCAAAAUGCUUCAACAUCUUAUCACUUGUCCAAAAUCUCCAGAAACAUUAAAAGACUCUAUGAAACUUAUAAAAGAUAGCUCGUCCAAAACCAAAAUGUCUGGACUGUCAGAGAUAGAGACAAAUGAUUCUUUUAUAAGCCCCUCGUCGUCUGCUAACACUACAAUAAAUGCUGAGUUUCAAGACACCGAUGAUCAUAUAAAAACAGAAUUAGCGAGAGCUAUAUUUGUAACAGGGACGCCAUUAUCGAUGGUGCAACAUCCUUUAUGGAUACAAUUUUUCGAAAAAUUGCAACCAAAAUUUAAAAUACCUUCACGUAAAGCUUUAGCGACAAAAUACUUAGAUAAAAUAUAUAGAGAAAUGCGUUUUGAGUUAAAUGAGGAACUAAAUGCUUGUAGUUACUUACACCUUCAGUGCGAUGGCUGGUCUAAUUUAAGAAAUGAAGGAAUAAUAAACUUUCUUAUAUCAAAACCUCAACCUGCAUACGUUAAAAGUUUGAAUACAGAAAGUAAUCCUCACACUAGUGAAUACCUUAGCCAAGAAGUUGAAAAAGUAAUGAAAGUGUAUGGAGCAAAUAAGUUUCUUGUACUUAUUGGCGAUAACGCUAGAAAUAUACAAAAGGCAUUCGAAUUAACAAAACUCAAAUAUCCACAUGUUGUUCCUCUCGGUUGCUGUGCACAUAUCCUUAACUUGUUGUGCCAAGAUAUUGUAAAGAUACAAGAAGUAACUGUGUUUAUUAUGCAAGCCAUAAAUAUAAUAAAAACUGUUAAAAGGAGUCAACGAUUAAGUUCCUUGUUGAUAAAAUCAAGGCAGGGUGAAGAUUCUACACAAACACUAAAAUUGCCUUGUGCUACAAGAUGGGGAAGUCAUGUUACUUCGUUAAAAAGUUUGAAAGCAAAUAAGAUAGCUUUGCAAAUAUUAACAGUUAGAGAAGAUGUGGUAAUUUCAAGAGAUAUUAAAGAUUUAAUUCUAAGUGAUGAUUUCUGGACGAAGACAGGGGAAUGUAUAAGUAUUUUGGAACCAGUCACUGAAAGCAUAUUUUACUUAGAGAGCGACCAGAAUCGUUUGCAUCGCACAUACAUUACAUUUAGAGAUGUACAAGCUAAGAUACGUUUUGCAUUAAAUGAGAUUUCGACAUUGAGCGAAGAAAGCAAACAGCAGAUUCUAACAUCAGUAUCUUCAAGAUGCAAUAUGGCAAUGAGGCCAAUACAUUUUGCAGCAUAUAUUCUAGACCCCAGGACUCUAGGAGUCGAACUUACUCAAGAGGAAGAACUUAAGGGUUAGUCCUCGCUCGGCUAUGAGCAUUGAAUUAUUGCGAAGCAUUAUUAUUGCAGAAGAAGCAGAGCAUUAUUGCGAAGAAGAGCCUCGUCAACAAUCCACUAUAAUAAUGAAAACCACGAUACUCUCUUGAAAGAGUUUUCAAGAGAGUAUAACUGAAGAGAGAGAAAU